UCGUAAUGGAUGUGUCAAAACAAGAACUAAAUGAAAGGGUGAAGCCUACAAUGUCACCAAGGAGGAGAGAAUGGACCAACAUAGAUAAAACCAUUGCAUGUCUUCUUUUCAUUCUGCAUACACUUUGUAUUUUUGCCCCAUUUCAAUUUACUUGGGGUGCAUUUUGGAUUGCCCUUGUCUUGUACGUUAUCACAGGUCUUUUCGGCAUCACUAUUUCGUACCAUAGAAAUCUUUCACAUCAGAGUUUCAAACUUCCUAAAUGGCUUGAGUAUUUGUUUGCUUAUUGUGGAGCUCAUGCACUUCAGGGUGAUCCAAUUGAUUGGGUGAGUACCCAUAGAUGUCAUCAUCAAUUUGUUGAUACGGAUAACGAUCCACAUAGCCCUAUUCAAGGGUUUUGGUAUAGUCAUAUUACUUGGGUUUUGGAUUCUUACAAUUUGACUAAAAAGGUUUGUCGUAAGUACUUUAAUGACUCCAAAGAGGCAGAAAGAAACUUGUUCGUAUUGGUAAUGAAGCAUGAGAGACCAGAUAAUGUAAAGGACUUGGAGAAACAAAUAUUCUAUACGUUUAUUCAUAAAACGUAUAUUCUUCAUCCAAUUGCUCUGGCAGUUUUGCUUUCUAUGGUUGGAGGAGUUCCUUUUGUUUUAUGGGGAAUGUGUGUGAGGAUUGUAAUGUUAUAUCAUGUAAUAUUUAUGGUGAAUUCAGUAUGUCAUAAAUGGGGAAAGCAACAAUGGAAUACUAACGAUUUAUCCAGAAAUAAUUGGUGGGUGAGUUUUCUUUCCUUUGGAGAAGGUUGGCACAAUAACCAUCAUGCAUUUGAGUAUUCAGCUAAGUAUGGACUUGAAUGGUGGCAACUUGAUUUUGGUUGGUAUGUUAUUAUGUUCCUUAAAGUCAUUGGAGUUGCCACAGAUGUAAAAUUACCCACUCAAAGCCACAAGCAAAGGAUGACUAUGAACAAAUGAAAUGAAAGCUUUCUAAAAUGACAUGCUUUAUACUUGAAAAAAAUAAAUCAUGCCCGUAUGAAUUUACAUAUUAUGAUUUGGAUGAGAUCAUGUAAUCCAGCUAUAUAUAUAGUGUUAAUGAAUAAUAAAAUAUCAUACUUUCAAAAAAUA